UUGAUGAUUCAAGACAAAUUGUUGAUAAUCAAACAUCAUCAGCCAGACAAUCGGAAGAUAGAUCCGGUGGUUCCGGUAAUACUGGUAAAACAAAACCGGAUAGCUGUAGUAGUUAUAGUAGUUUAAAUAAUGAUGAAAUGAAUAGUGCAACAUCAUUAUAUAGUCAAGAAAGUGCAAUCGAUACACGUAUAACACGUGCAACGGCAUCAACUAGACCUGUGAAUAUGAAUUAUCAACGUAAAUAUUCAUUGGCUGUACCUGGUGAACCAAGAUAUAUUCAUCGUCGUGAAUCAGGUUCACGAUCACCAUUAAAUUCAAGUUGUGGUGGUCUUAGUCCAUCCGAACUAAGUACACCAAGUCCUAGUUGUAGUAAUAGUAUAAAUGAAGAUCAUUCUUCAUUAAGUAGCCAUUCGAUACAUUCUAAACAUUGUACAUUAUCGGUGGAUGAAUUAUUCCUGAAAUCAUCACAUCAUCAACAAACGGCAGCAACAUUGUUACAAGCAGCUGCAGCGGCAGCUGCAGCCGGUAUUGGUGUCGGUGUAGGUACACCAGAUGAUGAUGAUGAUGAUGACGAUGAUGAUGAUGAUGGAGAAGAAGGCAUCUAUGAAGAUCUAAUCCAAAUGGAUUCAGAUAAUAAUAACAAUAAAAAUGAUAAUGGAUGUAGUAGUAAUGUUGGUUGUAGUGGCGGAAAUGAAAAUGUAGUUAGUAAUAAAAAGAACAAACAUUCACGAUUAAUCGAUGAAUUAUGUCGUAAUCUUAUACAUUUAAAAACAACAACAACAACAACAACAACAAUGGCUACAUCAUUGGAUAAUUGUAGUGAUAUUCGUAAAUCGAAUUCCAAUUCAAAUUCAACAAUAAAAUCAAUAAUAUCGAAUAAAGACAAUGAACAAUCGGACAAAGCUAACAAUGAUUCAACCAAUAAUGAUAUUGAUGAUCAUACAAAUGUCAAUAAUAAUAAUAAUAAUAAUAAUCGACAUCAUCAUCGUGAAUCGAUAGCAACGACAACUAUAACAACAAAUAUGAAGAAACCAAAACAACGUAAAAAUAGUAUGACGGCCAUAAUAGCAUCGUUAUUAUUACCAGAUUCUUUGUGUCAAAAACUUGGUGCAUCAUUAAAUACCGAUCGUUCUUUUGAAUCACAUCGUUCCAAUUCAAAUAGUCGCAAUAAUGUAACAUCAAAUGAUGACCAAUUUAAUAGUGAUCAACAACAAUCAACAACCGCAACAACAGCAACGACAAAUUCAACGAAAAAUAAAACCACUCAUACAAAUGAAUGUUCAUCAACAUCAUCAUCAUCAAAAUAUCGAUCAAAUAAUGAUGAUAAUGUUGGCAAAUCGAUAAAUACAAAUCGUAAACGUAAAGGUUCUAUAGCUCAAAUUACUUCCGCAUCGGCAACACGUCUUGUACGAUUAUUGCGACGUACACAUAGUGCUGGUGCAAGUAAAGAUGUACCAUCAUAUGCAUUAUUUCUUGCUCAUGAACCACCAAAUGAACAUAAUAAUGUAUCAUCAAUGUUUGCGGCUUCAACAAAAUCAUCUGGCCAUAAUCAUUCAUCACAUUAUAGUAGUAGUAGUAGUAGUAGUAAAAAUAAAUCAAAAUCACGGUCAAAGAAACGACGAUUAAAAGAUAAAUCAACAAAGAAUCGUCCAUCAUCAUCAUCAUCACCGGGCAAUAAUGGCAAUGAUGAACAGGAUCAUUCACGUCAUUCACGUCAUCACUAUUAUCAUCAUCAUCAUCAUCAUCAACAUGAUCAACAUGAUGCAAUGUCGGGUAGUGGAUCAGGCGGCCUGGAAGAUAUGAAACAACGGCUACGAUUUUUGAGUCGUCGUCAUACAGAUUCAUCAUUACAUGCAUCGACUGUAAGGCCAUCCCGUGACGAAGUGGAAAAAUGGUCAAAAUCAUUUCGUGAUCUUAUGGCUAAUCGAUACGGUUCAGCAUUAUUUCGGGCGUUUCUUUGUCGUGAAUUCUCUGACGAGAAUAUUGAAUUUUGGUUAGCCUGUGAAGAAUAUCGUAAAAUACGAUCAAGUAAAUUACGACAUCGUGCAAAGAAAAUUUUUGACAAUUAUGUUGCUGUUGGUUCACCAAGGGAGGUCAAUCUGGACCAUCAACUACGUAUGGAUGUGCAAAAAAAUCUGGCAACACCAUCAAAAUUUACAUUUGAUGAAGCACAGAAAAAAAUUCAAAGUCUAUUAGAAUCCGAUUCAUAUGUACGAUUUUUACAAUCCGAUCUAUAUACUGAUCUUGUUGUUUCAGAAUUAAAACGUAGUACAACGGCUAACAAUCAUAAUAAUAGUGAUAAUAAUCAUGAUGAUGAUGAUCAUGAUCAUGAUCAUCAUGAUGAUUGUGAUAAUAAAUUGAAAAAAAAUUGUAAAAAUUUCAAAGAAACAUCGGCAUCAAAUUCACGACGACAUUCAAAAGAUAGUGAAAAUCAACAAUCAACAUCACCGCCGCCAUUUUUUGCAUGAUUUUAUCCACUGGUGAAACAAAACAGACAAAAUGAUUGUUUUAUGGAUACAAAACACCAAGAAAAAAAAUAACAACCUGAAAAGUCAGGUGUUCCAGCGAUUCGAAUUUUUUUUUCGCAUAUAUACACUUUAUUUGAGCACAAAUCGUGUAGUUUGAAACACACACACACACACAUCAACUUUACCACCAAUACACACAUCUUAUCAUCAAAUAAUCCUAUUUUUAAUUGUCACAUUCUCUUCAUCACAAUGAGAAUACGACAUUGUUUUUUUUUCUUUGUCCACAUACAUCGUUCCAGUAUUAUUAUUAUCAUCAUCAUCGUUAUCUCAUUA